AUGUCACUCUUUCGCCACCUCCUCCUCCGCCGUUCCUCCGCCGUCACUCUCCGUUCCUUCUCAACUUCCUCCGCUCAACAAGCAGCAACGGCGGAGCCUCAGCCUCCUCCUGAAGAACUCCACACGCGUGUCACGUCAUUGAUUCGCUCCGGCAACCUCGACGCUGCCUCUGCCAUGGCCCGCCAGUCGGCGUUCUCAGCAACGAAUCGUCCGACGGUGUUCACCUGCAACGCCAUCAUCGGUGCCAUGCACCGCGCAAAAAGACACAACGAAGCUCUUGAUUUGUACGAGUUCUUCUUUAACUCGUUUAAAAUUACUCCUAACAUUGUCUCUUAUAACUUUAUGAUCAACGCAUAUUGUGAUGAGGGCUGCAUUGAUGCGGCCCUCGAUGUUUUUCGGAAAAUGAAGGCUGAUGCAUCUAUCAAACCCUCACUGGUUACCUAUCAGAUUAUCACCAAAUGUAUGAUCAAUGCUGGUCGUAUUGAGGACGCCAGUGACAUUUGGUUUGAGAUGUUAUUAGACUCGGGUCAUACCGAUUCCUCGGUGUAUAAUAAUCUGACAUUGGCUUGUUCUCAACUGGGAAAUUUGGAUAAGGCUAAUGAGUUUAUUGAUGAGCUUAAGAUAAGGUGUCCAUAUUACCACCAUGGUGUUGUGAGUGCCACUUACAUGAAUUGGUUUCUUAAGCAAGGAAGAGAUAAGGACGCCAUGGAGUGUUAUAAGUCUUUAUUGAACCGCAAGUGUAGGAUGAGACCUGAAACUGGCGAUGUUCUCUUGGAGGUUUUGCUCAAGUAUGGAAAGAAAACUGAGGCUUGGGACUUGUUUCAUGACAUGUUAGACAAUCACACGCCUUCCACUUUUCAUGGUGUCGACUCUGACACUUUUACUUUGAUGGUCGAGGAAUGCUUGAAGCUCGGUAAGGUUGAUGAAGCCCUUGCAACUUUGAAGAAAGUUGGAACCAAACCUGAUUCUAAGCCUUUUUUCUUGGAUGUUGAUGGCUACUGUCAGCUCAUCUCCAUUUUCUGUGCACAUGAUAUGUUGUCUGAAGCUGAGAAUCUAUUUCAAGAUAUGUACUCCAUGUCUAUGACCCCGGAUGCAAGCACAUAUGCAAUUUUGUUUGAUACAUAUAGGAGAAUGGGUAGGAAAGAUGAUGCUUACAUGUUAAAUAACAAAAUGGCCGAGGCUGAGUUGAUUAAGAAUGGUCCAACUCGGAUCGAACUUUGA